UGCUUGAACGGCAAUAGCUCAGAUACACAUGAAAACAUGAAAUGACACCGGGAGCAGAAAAGGAAAGGAGAGAGAUGAAUAGGCUUCUGUUGAUUUGCCACCUGACACCUGAUUUGUCUCAAUAUUAUAGAUAUAUGAAAUGGAGACACCACAGGGACUCAUCAAACACACACAAGGCCACCUGCGAGGUUUUACUGUCUUAUAAAAAAACUUUGCAAAUCAGGCGUGUGGUAUUAAAGUGCUCAUAUUUUCUAACCUCCCCAACAACGCACUACACUGACAAAGCCUGAUCAGCCAACCACAAGCAAAUGUCAAUAAAAUGCUCUGGAAGUGUGGGACAAGAACCUGUCACCUGGUGAUUUUCAUGUGUUGGUGUCUCAUUUCAAACAUCUUCACGUGCACAAUAAAUGUAAAUGCAAAUGCACCUCCGGAGUCAUGCUGACAGCAACUGCACACCUGUGGUGAGACCUGUAGUCUGACACAGGACAGCCUGACCCCAGGUAUUCAGUUCACCACCCAUCACAAUACAGGAGACACAGGAGGUGCAGACAGACUGAGAAUAUAGUUCUCCCCAAAUAUCUCGCUGGGCUGUGAAGGUACACAUACAGGUGAGCCUCUCUAUCACUCUGUAACUGGUUGGCAAAUUACCCUUCUCUUGCAGCAUCAGCUGCUGACUCCUAACUUUCUCCUGGCCUCUGUCUCUUCUUUCUCUCUCCCUCUCACCAUUUCUUUCUCUCUCAAUGUAUCUCUAUAAACUCUCAUUUGUUGAUGCCUGCUUUACCCUCUGAUGUUUGCCAUGUCCUCUCAGCAUGUCUCUCCCUGCCCUCAGCAGCAUGGCAGUGCCAUUGAGACUGCUGGUUCUAUGCUGGCUGUUUGGUGCAGGGUGUAGUCAGAGCUCUCCACCAUGGUUCCAGAACAUCACUACAACUCUGUUCAACUCCUCGGGAGACAUCCUCCUCGGGGGGCUCUUCCCCAUCAAUGAUCUCACCAGCAACCUGAGCCAGAGAGUAGAGCCGGACAGCAUUAGCUGUGACAGGAUUAAUGAGUUUGGUUUGGGUAUGGCCCUGGUGAUGAAGUACACAGUGGAUGAGAUCAACGCCAACUCCACCCUACUCCCUGGCAUCAGACUGGGCUAUGAGAUUUUCGACACCUGCAGGCAGUCUGCCAUCAUCGUAAAGCCCACCCUCCUCUUUCUCACAGAGGACUCCAGCCGGGAGCUGGCCAUCAUGUGUAACUACACAGACUACGUGACCCGUGUGGUGGCUGUCAUCGGCCCGUCCACCUCAGAGAUGGUCUCAGUCAUAGGAAAACUACUGGGAUUCUUCCUCAUGCCACAGAUCAGCUACAGUGCCACCAGUGACAAGUUCAGUGACAAGAGUCUGUACCCAUCGUUCCUGCGCACCGUGCCCAGUGACAAGAGGCAGGUGGAGGCCAUGGUGCGUCUGAUGAACAGGUUCCAGUGGAACUGGGUGGCCGUGGUGGGCAGUGAGGAUGAGUAUGGACGCCAGGGCCAGCGGCAGUUCUCCACCCUGGCAGCAGAGAGCUCCAUCUGUGUGGCAUACGAGGGGUUAAUCCCCAUCUAUAGCGACCCACAGCCUGUGGUCAGAGAAAUCCUGGACCGCAUCAUAGAGACCAAAGUGGGUGUGGUGGUGGUGUUUUCUCUCUCCCAGCCCGCCAGAGCCUUCUUCACUGAGGUGAUCAGGAUGAAUCUGACAGGGGUCUGGGUGGCCAGCGAUGCGUGGGCCCUGCACAGAGAUGUGUCAACUCUGCCAAACAUCCACACUGUGGGCACUAUCAUCGCCUUCACAGUCCAGAGCCAGACCCUGGGCCUGCUCACACCCUACACCAGGGAACUCUUCUCCAGGAUCAGAGAGGAGAGGGCCAGGCCGCCCUCACCAGGUCCAGAUACAGAGCCAACCCAUAGUAUGAACCAAUGCCCAAACUGCUGGAACCUGUCCCCAGACAACAUGAGUCUAGUGACAAAGCCCAUACUGCAGAGGUCAGCUUUCAGUGUCUAUGCUGCCAUCUACAGUGUUGCACACGCACUGCACAGCAUGCUCGGGUGCAGUGCCAAGAGCUGCCUGAGGGGCGCUAAAAGCAAAGUCUACCCCUGGCAGCUGUUGGAUGUCCUCAAGAAGGUUAACUUCAGUCUAAAUGGAAGUCAUUUUGAGUUUGACAGUAAUGGAAACCCAAACAUUGGCUACAACAUACUACAGUGGGUCUGGGGAAACAACAGUCUGAGUUUCAAAGAUGUCGGCACCUUCUAUGAGAACCUGUCAAUCAACAACACCCUAAUCCAAUGGCAUACAGUAUAUGCUAAGGCCCCUGAAUCUACCUGUUCCUCUGAGUGUGGCCCUGGCCAGGUGCGCAGAGUGAAAGGCUUCCAUUCCUGCUGCUUUGACUGUAUUGACUGUUUACCGGGCACGUUCCAGAAUGGCAGAAUGGACAUCCAGUGUACCCAGUGUCGAGAGGGCCAGUGGUCCCUGAUACGUAGCACCAACUGCUCCGAGCCUACCUUUGACUUCCUGACCUGGGGCCAGCCUGAGUCCCUGGGGCUGCUGCUGGCCAUGCUGGUGCUGCUGGCCUGUCAGGGGGCUGUUGGGGUCCUGUUCCUGCAGCACCGUGGGUCUCCGCUGGUGAGGGCCUCUGGGGGGCACCUGGGUGGUGUGUCCCUACUCAGCAUGAUGGGGUGCUGUGCCUGCCUGCUGCUGUUCCUGGUCCAGCCGGGGGACAUGGUGUGUCGUCUGCAGCUUCCCCUCAGCUCCAUCUUCCACACGGUCACCCUGUCCACCAUCCUAGCCAUCUCACUGCAGAUUGUGUAUGUGACAGAGUUCCCUGAGAAGGCUUUGUCUCAUCUGGAGACACUGAGAGGCCAUGGAGGCUGGCUGCUGGUACUGGCCUGCUGUGGUGUGCAAGCAGGGAUCUGUGGCUAUUAUGUCCAGGAGGGGCCCUCUCUAUCCUUGUACCUGGCCAAGAUAAAGGUGACCUUUGUGAGAAAGUUCCUACGAUGCCCUGUGGAGCCUAUCUUAGGUCUGGGCCUGAUGCAGGGCUUCAAUGGCCUCCUCGCUCUCAUAUCCUUCAUGUGCACCUUCAUGGCUGUGAAGCCCAUUCGACAGUACAACCUGGCCAGAGAUAUCACCUUCUCCACCCUGACCUACUGCGUGGUUUGGGUGAUCUUCAUCCCCAUCUACACCGGUCUGAAUGACAAGGAACGCUCCAUUGUCCAUGUAUCUGUCAGUUUGCUCAGUAACAUGGGGCUGAUGGCAGCCUACUAUCUGCCAAAAUGUCACCUGCUGUUGAAGAAACCUGAGCUCAACACAGCAGAGCAUUUCCGUACCUUCCUCGAGGGAGCUCCAGGAACUCCACAGGAGGAACAGGACCAGGGACCUGCAGGGGAGGGACAGGGAUCAGGGGAGGGACAGGGACAGUGACAUUUAUUCUGUUUAAUGUUUCAAUAAUGUAUACAAUUUAAUUUAGUGUGUUAUACAUUUCAUGUGCAUGUAUACUAGUUUGAUUGAAUUAUUUUAGUUAUAUAUCUCUGCAGAAAUUGUGAAUAAACGCAUUGUAAAGGAGCAGGGCCGUGCACAGACCUUUCAGGGGACAGGUGCUCAAAAUGAAAAAUUAAUUAAUAACAUACCAAAUGUCUCUGUAGCAAUUUUUUGUUGUUGCAUAGGCCUAUUUAUUUCUGCAACAACACACUCACUUGUCAUCACAAAUUGUAAGCAAGCUAGUAACAGUACCUCCUAAAGACAUGAUUGACAUCAGGAAAAGAGGGUGGGCUAUCAGCUGACCAUUGAUGUUGAUGAUUGAUGUAAAUCUGCUAGUUAGCUAACUCGAUUUAUUUUAGUGAUUGUGAUUUACCUCUCUCUGUCUUUCUGCCUCUCUCUGCUGCGUGUAUCAGCCAACCAGACCGAAUUAUGAUGAUGAUGUAGGCAAAAUCAAGUCUUAUCAAAUGUUAUGAUUCUGUAGCAGUACACUACCAGUCAAAAGUUUGGACACACCUACUCAUUCAAGGGAUUUUCUUUAUUUUUACUAUUUUCUAC